AUGAAGAGCUUAUUGCUCAUUAUUGUCCUCUGCAGAGCACUUUCACGUGCUUGGCCUAUCCUCCCGAGCACUGAACAAGCCAUUCAAAAGGAAACCCAGCUUGCUGAGAAGGUGCAUUCAAACACCUUGAAUGAAACAAGGGUGCGCUGGUGUGGUUUUCCUGAUAUAUCGAAAUACACUGUGAGUUCAGACUAUGCAAGAUGGUACAACCAACUUGUGACGUAUAGAAUUUCGAAGUACACACAACAGAUGCCUCAUGCUGAUGUAGAUAAAAUCUUCAAGCAAGCAUUUGAAGCAUGGAGUAAUGUCACCUGUUUGACCUUCAUGCAGAGUUGGACUGCAUCAGAUAUAGAUAUUGUUUUUGGGGCUGGAAUAACAUACAUAGAUAUAUUACUGUUUGAAGUUCAUACAGAUGAUGAUGCCGAUUGUCCCUUUGAUGAAGAAGACGAUGUGCUGGCUCAUGCUCUGUCAUCUCAGGAUGGUAAAAAAGCUUAUAUGCAUUUUGAUGAGGAUGAAAAAUGGACUAAGGAUUUCACAGGAAUUAACCUUUUAUCAGUUAUAAUCCAUGAAGCUGGCCACGUACUGGGUCUUGACCAUUCAGACAAUAAGAAGGCUAUAAUGUAUAAAAAUUAUGGCGAAACCAGUCCACCAAACUCUGUCCUUCACCAGGAUGAUAUUGAAGGCAUCCAGUCUCUUCAUGGACACAGGUACCGGACUGUCAGAGGGAACCUCACAAAUCUAAGUUCGUCAAACCGUUUUGACACCCUGGGUCUCCCCCAACAGUUAAUUAUCGAUGCAGCUUUUCAUAACCAGGAAACAAACAAAACAUUGUUUUUUGCAGGCGAUAAGUACUGGAGAUUCGAUGAAAUUACAAGGCGUCCGGAGAAGGGCUAUCCCAGGGAGAUAGCAGCUGACUUCUUAGGAAUUGGCUCCAGAGUGGAUGCUGCUUUUCAGUAUAAUGGUAAUCUGUAG